AUAUUUACAGUUAUUCAUAAAUUGUUCUGAUCUGUCAGAAACGCCUGGAAACUUUCCCUUCUUAUAAAACCGAGUAUAAAUCACAGCACGGACCAUGGCAGGACAGAGAGGGAAUUUCCACCUCUUCCUUGUUGUGCUGUCAGUUAGCAGACGAGGCUGCUGGGAAGUCGGUCCUUUCUCCAUGUGGAAGCAGCGUUUCCAGACUUCCUGACCUGUGUAUGUUCAGAGUGCGACGUGGAGCCAAAACAACACACACAGCAAUAAAGAUGACAACAACUCAGUUAAUGAACUUCGGACGCAGGGCAGCAGUCCUCCAGACAUUUAUUGGAUCGGAUCAAUGCCAUCCAGACGGUAUAAAUACUGAGUGACGGCUUCAGUCAGUCGCAGACGUCACAGAUCAGAUCACACACAUCAGGUGUCCUUUCUGGUGAUCAUCAUGAAGGUGUUGGCAGUAAUCCUCGCUCUGGCAGUCUUCUCAGGCUGCCAUGCACGAAGCGUUCCUCUGGAAGACUGGAAGGAGACAUGGGAGGUGACGGUUGACAAGUUUAAGGAUUACGUCACAGACCUGAACACAAGGGCCGACGAGAUGGUGAAGGACAUCAAGAGCUCCCAGAUCAGCAGAGAGCUGGACACCCUGAUCCAGGACAGCAUGUCGGAGCUGACCAUGUACAAGGACGACCUGCAGACCAAGCUGGCCCCCUACACCCAGGAGGCCGCGGAGCGUCUGGGAAAAGACCUGCAGCUGCUGACCGACAAGCUGCGAGGUCACAUGAACGAGGCCCGCGAGCAGGCGGAGGCUUACGCCCAGGAGCUGCAGACCAUGAUGGAGCAGAACGCCGACGACGUCAGGGUCCGAGUCUCCACCUACACCCGCAAGCUGAGGAAACGCCUCCACAAAGACACCCAGGAGAUCAAGAGUCAUGUUGCUGACUACGUUGAGGCGCUCCAGGCCCGUACCAUGGACAACGUGGAGGGAGUGAGGAUGAGACUGGACCCGUACGUCACUCAGGUGCGAGACAACGCCCAGGCCAAGAUCUCCACCCUGAACGAUCUGCUGCAGUCGCAGGUGGAGAGCAUCAAAACCAAGAUCCAGGGGGUGGCUGAGGACAUCAGGGAGCGCUUCGAGGACACCGCCGAGGACCUGAAGUCCACUCUGGAAGAGAAGAUAGUCGAGCUGCACAAGUGGUUCCAGCCCUACGUCAACAUAAUCAGAGAGAGCCUGUGAACCCGAAAUGAGUCUGGACUGUUGGUUUAUCCACCCUCUGCUGGUCUAAACUAGUUCAUGUUUGUAAGAAUCCAUCAAUAA